CGUGACGCGAUCCAAGGGGCGGGACCUGGUUGGAGAGCGGAAGAUGGCGGCGCGAACAGCGAUGGCAGCCGGAGCCCGUGCGAUGCAAACGGCCUGGCGGUUGACGGCUAUUCGAGGCCCUGGUCCAGUUUUCCGUUUCAACCGUGUCCCCUGCAGGGCGCUGGCGUCUGGCGGUAUUCCGACUGAUGAAGAGCAAGCAACUGGGAUGGAAAAGAUGAUCAUGCAGUCUAUGAAAACUGGGAAGGAUCCCUUUAAUAUGCUGAAGCCUAAGGAGUAUGCUGGGACCAAAGACGAUCCUCACAUUGUACCAUCUGUCACCAACAAGAGACUUGUAGGCUGCGUUUGUGAAGAGGACAAUACUGCAGUCAUCUGGUUCUGGCUUCAUGAGGGAGAUGCACAGCGCUGCCCCUCCUGUGGGGCUCAUUACCAGCUCGUACCCCACCAUCAUUGAAUGUUGACAAUACUGGGUACAUUCCAUUCACUCAUCUGUAUUUGAUGGAUCUUGCUUCGUGUUUGUGGUUCGGGACCCAACAUGUAACACUCCAGGCUGUGUGCCACUGUAUUCUUACAGAAGUAUAAAAUAUUAAAAAUGAAAUUUACAUCUA